AUGAAUCCUGUGUGGAAGGUUUAUAAGAGCAAAGUGAUGAAGACCCUUAAUCCUGAAUAUGAGGAGGACACUGCUGAAGAGGUCAGUGAGAUGGAGAAUGAUAUGAGUCCAGUGCAAGAAGAUGAGGGUCCCAACGCUGUCUCCCAGUUGGCCAAGAAAAUGCAGGGGGCUGGAACUAAAAGCUGGAACAGGCUAUCAUCUCUCUUCAACAAAGACGAUGAACACCAGCUUCUAGAGGAGACUGAGAGCCCGCCAGUCGCUGACCAUCCACUUGCAGUUAAGCCAGAGGAGCCUCCACGACCCACUAGGCGCACAGCAUUCUGGGAUAGCUUUGCAGCCAACUGGGCUGCCAAGAAGCAGGCAGAGGCCGCAGCUGCUGCUGCUGAAAACGAGGCGGCAGCAGGGCAGGUUGAGGAAGGGGUAACAGAGGCCGAAGGGGAGGAGAGGCAGGAUGGGCAGAUAACAGAGGGGAAUGAGAAUGAAGGAGGAGGGGAAAGCAGCAACAACAGCUUCUCCAAAUACGUCUCACUGGGAGGAGGGAGCGAGGAUGCUUCCUUUAAGUGGAACUUUGUCACCAACAAGCUGGCAGACCUGAAGGCCAAGAGCAUGACCAAGACCAACUAG